CAGAACACAAUAAGGAAGAAAUAUCAAAGCCAUCGCCCCUUGAAAGCUGAUAGAGCGACAGAGAAAGUAGAGAGAGAAACGCAAAACCAUGAAAACCAAACACUGUGCGAGUCUCUGUGUGUGAGAGUGAAAGAAGGAAAAUAAAACAAAAAACCAAAAAAAAAAAAAAUCCCCAAAGCAAAAUCCAAAAAACGAAAACUCUUUCUUCAGUUUCUCACACUAGCUCUCUCUCUGUCUGUCUUUCUCUCUCUAAGCGCAGACACGAGGCGCACCCCAUUUGAUCGGAGCCUCAUUCUGUUAACUGUCCCAAAGCCGGUAUAAUUUCCACCGUUGCCGUCCGGUUCCGCGAUUUUGGGAUGGACCGGUACGGUUGGACUCAGGAGGGCUCGCAGUCCGAUCCGUCGCCGGAAUGGACGGCUUCUGGACCCGAAACUGAGCUUGAAGAGGGUGUUUGGCAGCUGGGAUUAGGGGAAGGGGAAUCCGGGUACCCGGAGAGACCAGACGAGGACGAUUGUAUCUAUUACUUGAGGACCGGUUUUUGCGGGUACGGGGCAAGGUGUCGGUUCAAUCACCCGCGUGAACGGGGCGCGGCAAUAGCACCUGCAAGAGCUGGUGCUGGGGAGUUUCCUGAGCGACUGGGCCAGCCUGUAUGUCAGUAUUAUAUGCGGACAGGUGCAUGCAAAUUCGGCACUUCCUGCAAGUACCACCACCCUAAACAGGGAGGUGGUUCUGUUAUCCCUGUGUCACUAAAUUAUUAUGGAUACCCAUUACGACCAGGUGAAAAAGAGUGUACAUACUAUAUUAAAACAGGGCAGUGUAAAUUUGGUGCAACAUGUAAAUUCCAUCACCCACAGCCAGCCAGCCUACAAAUGGCAACACAAUCAUUGGCUCCACAAGUUGCACCUGUGCCUGCUCCCGUAGCAGGUCCUGCAUUAUAUCACCAAAUGCAGUCUCCAUCCAUUCCUUCUACUCAACAGUAUGGAUUAGUAGUUGCAAGGCCUCCCCUUAUGCCAGGAUCUUAUGUGCAAGGACCUUAUGGUCCAAUGCUGCUUUCCCCAGGUGUAGUUUCCUAUCCGAGUUGGAGUCCCUACGCGGCACAUGUAAGUCCAGUUGCAUCUCCUAACACACAGCAGGGAGUUGGAUCAGGCUCUGUAUAUGGGAUAACCCAGCUAUCCCCUUCAGCACCUGCCUAUACCGGAGCCUAUCAACCCAUGCCUACUUCAAUUGGUCCAUCCAGCAGCAGCCAGAAGGAACAGUCAUUUCCGGAAAGACCUGGCCAACCAGAAUGCCAGUAUUACAUGAAAACUGGCGAUUGUAAAUUUGGAUCAUCAUGUAGAUAUCAUCAUCCACCAGAAUUUAUUGCACCAAGAACAACUGUUGUUCUUAACCCCAUUGGUCUUCCUAUGCGUCCGGGUGCACCGACUUGUACUCACUAUACGCAACGGGGACAGUGCAAGUUUGGACCUGCAUGCAAAUUUGAUCAUCCAAUGGGAACGUUAAGUUACAGUCCAUCUGCAUCUUCUCUUGCUGAUAUGCCUGUUUCACCGUACCCCGUGGGCUCUUCAAUUGGUACUCUAGCCCCAUCAUCAUCAUCUUCAGAAUUGCGGCCUGAUCUUAUUUCAGGGUCAAGCAAGGAAUCCAGUUCUACUAGGAUGUCUUCCUCAUCAAGCACAUCGAGCGGAUUGGUGGGUUCAACAUUUUCAAAGAGUGGUUCUGUUCCUCAUUCUGAUGCGCAGCAGUCUAGCCAGAGGUCCGGCCCUUCAACUGGGAGCAGCAGCACCGAGGCCUGCACCUCAAUCUAAGCGAAAUAUCAAACUUUUUUUUUUAUCAAAUUCAUGAAAACAUAUAUAUUUUUUGCCUCUCCUUUUUUUUGUUCUAUCCAUCAAAUAGGAAGAUUCAUUUCUUGGCCACAUGGUUCCAUGAUUCAGGUAUAGAACACGUUAGGUCUUGUAAUUGUGUUAAUAUAGUCUCAUGGCCAUCCCUUUUGCCUUGAAUAAGUUAUGGCCUUUCCUCAAAUUGUUCAUCAAAGCCCCAAAUAGCCUUCUUCCUUUCUUUUGAAUAACCACCAAGGUCUGCAGUUCCCUUGGGUAUGUUCUCUGGUUUUUGGAGUUUGUUGUGUUUAUUUAUGCUGCAAUCCUUUUCAAAAAUGAAAUUGAUCAGUCCUGUAGCAUUCUUCUUUUUACAUCAGCCGUGUCCUCAUCUCCAUCGUGUUACAAUUUGCUUUAUAACUGGGAACAGGCUUCCAAUUUGUCUAGAAAGGAAUUUGAAGGUUCCUUGUUCCCCCUCUUUUUAGUGGGGGUUAUUGUGAAAAAGAGAAGUAAUUACAGAAGACCCAAAGGAAAAUCCAAAUGCUACUUUACAUGCGAGUAGGUACAUAGUUAUGUUGUGACAAUUGAAAUUCUCGACACUGUUAUUGAUAAAUUUAUUAUGAAAUACGAAUAUAUGAAGAACCACUCUUUGACUCUGUAAUAAUCAUCCUUUUCUUUCA